AUGAAUCAUAGGUUUUACUUCCUUCUUGCCUUGACCGCUGCUUUGGCCGCAACCGUAAACGCCCUCAAACCAGUUCUCGACACUGAUGGUGAUAUCAUAUUCGAUGGCAGUUACUACGUCCUCCCCCGCAUUUCUGGCCCUGGAGGUGGCGGCCUGAGUCUCACCUCCCGUGGUGGCAAUUGGUGUCCCCUCUACAUCGGACAGGAAUAUUCAGAGGUUAACAGGGGCAUUCCUAUAAAAUUCUCAAACUGGAUGAUUCAAGUUGCGUUUGCUCCCGAAUCAACGAGCCUCAACAUCCAGAUGGACGUCCCAACCACGAUAUGUGGUCAGUCAACCUAUUGGUAUGUCCCUCCCCCGAAGGCUGGCGUCAUUGAUCCAUUGUUCAUAGCGGCUGGUCCUAAACGGUCGAGUGGUUUAUUCCAUAUCAAGAAAAUAAAUGAUGCUCUUGGCGGUUACAAGAUUGUGUUUUGUCCUAACGAUAGCGAUUGCAGCGAUAUUGGGAUAUUUGUAGACCGACAUUGA